AUGGAAGGGAUACUAGUGUUUGAUCAGACGAACGAUUUAAUCUACCACAACUUCAACGAAGGGAUGCGAGAAAAGAUGUCGAAACAGGCGUUCGAUUUGGGUCUGCUGGAGGAGGAAUCCGCGUGUCCCACCCAGGAGCUCAACUCGAACGUCUUGAUACAAAUCUUCAGCCCGCUGCUAGCAUCACAACGUAUCAUGAUGUGCCAGUUCGACAAUGCGUACACCUCGAUUCAGAUGGAAAAUAACCUGAACGUUGUCUUCGAAGAGUUUUUAGGCUACGUUUUUUUGGAGAUCAGCACUAAAGAAGUAGGUCUGGUGAAACGCGAACUGGGAGCAUUUAUCGCAUUCAUCAAGUAUAUUUGUGGGCCAAAUAUUUUCUCAAUCAAAAAUGAUACUGCCAAAGUGGAGUAUCUUUCCGAACUGGUCGGUACCUACCGAGCGAUGUACGCUGUAAACCAGGGAGUCCUGAUGGAGGCCAUCGAACAACUGCUGGUCAACGCGGAUGUAAAGAAUACUGUGGUAUCUGCCCUUCAGGCUGCAACUGAUCGGCUCAAGCAAGAUCCACACUCGCAACGGUCGCAUUCACUGUUGUUCGCCGGUAGCAAAUUCCUCGCACGGUACAGCACCCGGCAAGCGCAGGAGUUGGCCGCUGUCGAUAUGUUUUUUCUUAACUUAUUAUGCCAAAUGCACCACCGGCGUGGCCAGCGUCGUCGCAUCGAGUCGCAGAUUGUGUUUUUUCAGGGAAAUGUUCACCAGUCGUUCGCCGGUUGCGUUCCGCACAUAGUGCACGUAGUGCAUCUGUUCGAGCACGUGUCGCUGGUGCUGGUGAUCGAGCAUGCCCACACAGCCCUGGCCAGCCACCUUUACGACGUGUUUUUUGCCUUGCACAAACUGCAGAACCUGCAGCUGCAGUUCGAUCUGGACAAUCUGCGUGGUGCGUUCGAUGCACUCGAUACCUACGUGAAACACACGCACGACGCACUGAAGAAGGUCAAAUCGAACAACGUCGAAGUGGACGAGAGCAUCCGCUCGUUUACAGUAAAGUGGGAAACACUACGAAAAAAGUACAGCGACUACUUCAAGACGUCCGAUAAUGGGUUGAUCGUGAAGAUCGAAUCCAACAUGCCGAUGUUCGUGGAGUCGGUGAAGGACCUGUUCCGGUUGCUGUGUGCGGGGUGCUCUACGCUCGAGCAUGGGCUGCAGCGUGUCACGGAUAUUGCCGACGUCGCGGAGGACACGCUAAACGAGGUGUUUCUGUUCCUGCAUGCGAAAUCGCAAAAAAACUUCACCAUGGGAUCGUAUAUGGAGGAGUUCCCAGGGAUGGUACACUUCAUGCAUAUUGACAGGCACAAUGGACGGCUUGUGGCACCGUCGCUGGAUGAUCAUGAUCCAACAGACAUUCUGAAGGAUAGAGUUUGGUCCAUGGUCGAUUUUUCUCGCACCUACCUGGAUAAAGGCUACAUGUCGAUGAUCUGGAAAGAUGUCACGUUUAGCUACGCAUACUUCCUGUGGUUUGAGGACGAACAUGGCGCUACCUUGAAGCCGAACGAGCCCCCGAGUCAUGGAGCUGUGUUGCCUGCAACGAAGCCUUCGUUGAUAGCGGGCAUCUUGGCCGGAGACUACUACCAGCGCCUCAUAGAGACGUGUUUCCCAAGGACACAGGCGAACAAGGUCCGCUGCUAUGAACUGUUCCUCGUGCAUCUCGGGCUCGUUACGUCGACCAUCGUAUUGGAGCAUUGCCGUCGGUUGGCUGUUACCAUUACCGACCUGACGGGGUGCAUUGGGAACCCGAUUGAUCUUCUCUAA